AUGCUUAACCUGGACUCCAAUACAGUUAUUGCCAUUAUCAACAAUAGCGAGGAAAGUAACCAUCGACAUGGAUUGCUCGCAUUGGAAAUUAAUAGACUUUUGAACCUUGAUUGGGAGGUGAAGAUCAGCCAUGUUUUUAGAGAGGGAAAUUUUGCUGCUAAUUUUCUUGCUAGAAAGGGUCAUGACUUUCCUUUUGGCACACAUCAAUUUGAUGUAUGCUACCCAGAGUUUAGAUUGUGGAUCUCCUAUGAUGUUAUGGGUAUUACUCAACAAAGAGUUUCUUAUUAA